UGAGAGACACGAGCGCAAGAGUUCAGAGUUGGCGGCGGGUAUCUCAGUAAGCUCUCGGAUGCGUUAGAAAUUGCUGGGUGAUGUAUAAAGCUAAGUUCGUCUCAGCAAGCGGGCCGUCCAGUUUGAUUUGUUUUCUGGUACAUAAAGACGCGGAAACCUCGUGCGUAGUGAAAGACAGGUUAUCUCUCCUAUAAAGUAAGAAUGACUGUGCACGCUCCUGGACUCUGAAGUGUCACACCACGCUGCGCGACAUUAGGAAAGAGUAGCUGAAAAGUAUCUCGUCUCACAGAAUACGCUGCAGCAGUGGAGAUCCCAUUUCUCGCCAUGAAGGCUGCUGGACAACCAGGGAACCAGAACCAGCAGGAAGGGUCCAGACGCCAGUGCCUCACCCAGAAGAAGUACCUCCAUUGGGCUGAGGAGGUCAGGAUGAGCGGUCUCUCUCCAGUGUGGAUGAGACUGCUGGGGACAUUGCUGCUGGUCCAGCUGCCUGCUGGAGACUGCCUGAGGGAGAGUGUGCCCAGAGUCCGGCUCAGCUAUAAAGAGCUGGUUCACUCUGGCAGUGUGGUGCCAUUUGUGGGCUCCAGUGUUGGAAUGCACUUUCAGACAUUCCUACUGGAUGAAGAGAGGAGCAGACUCCUUCUGGGGGCCAAAGAUCACAUCUACCUACUGGACCCAGACAACAUCAACAAGCACCCUAGAAAGUUGAGCUGGCCUGCACCCAGAGACAGGGUGGAUAUGUGUAUACUGGCAGGCAAAAACCCUCUCACUGAGUGUGCUAAUUUUAUUCGGGUUCUGCACAACUACAACCGCACUCAUGUUUACACAUGUGGUACUGGUGCCUUCCAACCCACCUGUGCCUUCCUGGAGGUCAGAGGUCACAAAGAGGAUGGCUGGAUUCACCUCAUCAGCAGCAGUAUGGAGUCUGGUCGGAUGAAAUGCCCUUUUGACCCCCGACAGCCUUUUGCCUCGGUCCUGACAGAUCAGUAUUUGUAUGCGGGCACUGUGUCGGAUUUCCUGGGAAAGGAUAGCACGUUUAGCCGUUCUCUGGGUCCUCCUCCACAUCACCAGUACAUCCGCACGGACAUCUCUGAAGACUACUGGAUUAAUGAGGCCAGGUUUAUAGCUGCCCAUCCCAUCGCAGACACCUACAACCCUGACGACGACAAGAUUUACUUUUUCUUCCGCGAGGCAUCCCGGGAUGGGCGCACCCUGGACAAAGCUGUGCUGUCCCGUGUAGCCCGUGUCUGUAAGAAUGAUGUGGGGGGGUUGAGAAGCCUGACCAAUAAGUGGAGCACGUUCCUGAAGGCCCGCCUGGUGUGCUCCAUUCCAGGAACAGAUGGAGUGGAUACACACUUUGAUGAGCUCCAGGACAUCUUUCUGGUCCCCAGUAGAGAUGAGAAGAGCCCCAAGGUGUAUGGCGUCUUCACCACUACCAGCUCUAUCUUUAAGGGAUCAGCAGUCUGUAUGUAUAACAUGGAGGAUAUCCGUGCUGUGUUUAAUGGGCCGUACGCCCACAAGGAGGGACCAGACCAUCGCUGGGUGGAAUAUGAGGGAAGGAUCCCCUACCCAAGACCAGGCACGUGUCCCAGCCGCACCUAUGACCCACGCCUAAAGACCACUAAGGACUUCCCUGAUGAUGUCAUCAGCUUUAUCCGCACACACCCGCUCAUGUACCACUCCGUGUACCCAGUCACUGGUCGGCCCAUUUUCACCCGGGUCAACACAGAGUACCGUCUGACCCAGAUCGCAGUGGACCGGGUCCCAGCCGAGGAUGGUCACUAUGCUGUCAUGUUCCUGGGCACAGAUGCAGGCUCGGUGUUGAAGGUGGUUAGCAUCACUCAGGAAAACUGGGCCACCGAAGAGGUGGUGCUGGAGGAAUUACAGGUGUUCAAGCAUCCCUCACCCAUCCUUAGUAUGGAAAUCUCAUCAAAACAGCAGCAGCUGUUUGUCGGAGGUGGGGAUGCCCUGGUGCUGGUGGCCCUGCACAGGUGCCACAUUUACGGACAGGGCUGUGCCGAGUGCUGCCUCGCCCGCGACCCCUACUGUGCCUGGGAUGGCUCGCGCUGUGCCCGGUACAUACCGGCUUCCAAGAGGAGGGCAAGGAGACAAGACAUCAAACACGGAGACCCGUUCAGCCAUUGCUGGGACACAGAUGAUGUGCUGGGUAACAGCAUAGAGGAGAAGGUGCUAUAUGGAGUGGAGAGUAACUCCACUUUCCUGGAGUGUGUUCCCAAAUCUCAGCAGGCCCAGAUCCGCUGGUUUUUACAGAGACCAGGAGCAGAGCACCGCCAAGAGAUCAGGCCGGACGAGCGGAUGUUGGUGACAGAGAGGGGCUUGCUGAUUCGAUGGUUGCAGCGCAGUGACGCUGGCUCUUACGUGUGCACUGCCCAGGAGCAGAGCUUCACCCGCACGCUCCUCCACCUCUCCCUGCAAGUUCUGGAACGCGGGCAGCUCCAUGGGCACCAUGCGGGCCCGCGGGGGCCCCAGGACGAGGGUGUGUUGGGCACGGCCCUGGCGGGGGAGGCUCGGCAACGGUAUAAGGACUAUGUGCGCAUGCUGAGCGCCCCCUCUUUGGAUGAGUACUGCGACACAAUCUGGCACCGAGAGAAGAAACAGAGGCAGAGGGGCAAAUGGAAGCACAUCCAGGAGGUUCGCAAAAACAGGAACCGCAGACACCACCAGGGAGCACCUGUUUGAUGGGAGGGCACUGAGGAGCCCAGUUGGUAGUGGGGAGUGGGGUGGGUGGUGAUUAGCGGGGGGUUAAUGUAAAGGGCUGGGACCGAUUGCUCAUGUCCCAAAUCUAAACUUUUCCAGUAUGUAAAGACGAAAAAUAGAUUCCCCUAGGACCACUGUUCUGGCUAACAGACUACAGAAUGUAGAAUAGUUGACCAGCACCUCUAUACUGUAGGUAUUUUUCAUCAAGACACAUAGGACCACACUCAAGUAACAAACAUCCAAAUUCUACACCACCUGUAAAAGCACUGGCCAUGUUGAGCAGUUUCCCUCUGUAGACCUAAAAAUCUUGGCUCUAACACUGCAGCAGAAGCAAAUUGUUCAUGUACUUAUUCAGUGGACUUGAAUUUUCACUUCUGAAACACUCCAAAUGAGAGGUUACCCAUUUUCUAAGCAAUAAUGAAAAUGCAUUCAUGUUGAAUGACUGUAAAUAUCCCUAUUGUACAGGAGAUGCAUGCUGUAGUGCUGUUGACAUAUGGAUCAUUUGGGGAAAAUGAUGAUUACCAGGCAUUUAAGAUAUGAAAAGUAUAAGAUUUUUGUAUAUUGAUAUUGUGUCUUUUGUAGCUAGUUUGUUUAUGGUAUAUAAAGUUAUUUAAAAUAACAACAAACUUGAAAUAAACAUUUUCCUUUAAAGAUCAGAGUGCAGAAGUCUUUAAGAUAUUGCUUACAGACCAGACCAAAAAGCCUCUCAGGAAAAAAAAGAAA